GGGCUCCGGGAGCGGGGCCGGGGGCGGGCCUCCGCCUGCUUCGCCCGAGCCCGGAGAGCACCCGGCGCGGCGGCCGCCGACACACCCGCGAUCUGCGCUCGCCGAAUCCGCAGACGCGCGGGUUCCCGGCGGCCCGAGUGGGCGCUGCGUGAGGAAACGCCAGGCGGCGCGGAGCGGGCCGCACUCGCCCCCGCCUGUCCCCCUCCCACGCGCGGACCGGCCCAGCGCAGCCCCGGCGCGGGGAGCGCUGGCCGGGCGAGGGCGCGGGCGAUGCCGCGGUGACGGCCCCGCCAUGGCGAAGCCCCCGGCCGCGGCGGCAGCGGCGGCGGCGUCGGAGGAGCUGAGCCAGGUGCCGGACGAGGAGCUGCUGCGCUGGAGCAAGGAGGAGCUGGCGCGGCGGCUGCGGCGCGCCGAGGGCGAGAAGGUGGGCCUCAUGCUGGAGCACGGCGGCCUGAUGCGCGACGUGAACCGGCGGCUGCAGCAGCACCUGCUGGAGAUCCGCGGCCUCAAGGACGUGAACCAGCGGCUGCAGGACGACAACCAGGAGCUGCGCGAGCUCUGCUGCUUCCUGGACGACGACCGGCAGAAGGGGCGCAAGCUGGCGCGCGAGUGGCAGCGCUUCGGGCGCCACGCGGCCGGUGCCGUGUGGCACGAGGUGGCCCGCUCGCAGCAGAAGCUGCGCGAGCUCGAGGCGCGCCAGGAGGCCCUGCUGCGAGAGAACCUGGAGCUGAAGGAGCUGGUGCUGCUCCUGGACGAGGAGCGCGCGGCGCUGGCGGGGGGCGCGGGCGGCGGCGGCGGCGGCGCGGGCUCCCGCAGCUCCAUCGACAGCCAGGCCAGCCUGAGCGGGCCCCUGGCGGGCGGCGCGGCGGGCACGGGCGCCCGCGACGUGGGCGACGGCAGCAGCACGUCGAGCGCGGGCAGCGGCGGCAGCCCGGACCACCACCACCACGUCCCGCCCCCGCUGCUGCCCCCGGGGCCGCACAAGAUCCCCGACGGCAAAACCGUAGCCACGCGCAGGUCCCUGGACGACCUGUCGGCGCCCCCGCACCACCGCAGCAUCCCCAAUGGCCUGCACGAUCCCUCGGCCACCUACGUCCGACAGCUGGAGACCAAGGUGAAGCUGCUGGAGGGUGACAAGCUGCUCACACAGCAGGCGGGCUCUGGAGAGUUCCGGACGCUGCGGAAAGGCUUCUCCCCGUACCACUCGGAGUCCCAGCUCGCCAGCCUGCCCCCCUCCUACCAGGACGCCCUGCAGAACGGCCCAGCCUGCCCGGUACCCGAGCUGUCCUCACCCCCCUCCGCUGGCUACAGCCCCGCAGGACAGAAGCCCGAGGCUGUCGUGCAUGCAAUGAAGGUCCUGGAGGUGCACGAGAACCUGGACCGGCAGCUCCAGGACAGCUGCGAGGAGGACCUGAGUGAGAAGGAGAAGGCCAUUGUCCGCGAGAUGUGCAACGUGGUCUGGAGAAAGCUGGGAGACGCCGCCAGCUCCAAGCCCUCCAUCCGGCAGCACCUGUCUGGGAACCAGUUCAAGGGGCCCUUGUAGGCCUCUCCUCCGUGGACGUGGACUGUCCCUGCCUGGGAUCCCCCCAGGGGAGUGGCAGGCCUUCCGGCCGAGCCACUGUCUUCUUCUUCUGUGAUGAAUUGUACAUAGGAUGCUGCCUGCUGUGGCUCGGCAGCCAUGGGUGUGGCCCCUGCUGUCCGGGCCUCCAUCUCCCACAUCUCACACCAGCAAACUGGGAGGCGAGACGCUGGCUGUCCCCGCAGCACAGCAGCCUGCACGGCCCGUUCCCACUCUGGGCCAGGCUUAGGCUCGCUGUACGAGAACGGAAGGCUGCUCUGAGCUGCCCAGCCCAGGGACCAUGCCAGGCUGCGCCCAGCACCUCACCAAGCCCUCCAUCCGCUGGCUGCCACCGCACUGGACAAAGGCCACUGGCAGCUGGACCCGGUGCAGGGGCACCCCUUCCCAUCCACCCGCUGUGACUUGAACGCUGGCUCCCCAAGCACUGAGUCCCGAGAGCCACGGGCAGGGGAGCUCCCCAGGCCCUUCCUCUGGCCUGUGCCCAGCCCCCUCCUGCCAGCUGCCACCUGUUUUUAGAAUCCACCCCUCCCCUCUCCCCCCAGUGUCACCCUGCCCUGUGCCAGGUGUGCCCUAUAUUUCGGGGACCCUCCUGCCCAGUGCCUGGGCAUCUCCGCUUCCAUGGUUCACUCUGGGCCAGGAACACAGGAAGGCGGCUGAGUGCAGAGUCCCCGGCUGAGCCCCACGUGUCCCCCUCUCCGAUGGGUAGUACUGGGUCAUGGCUGGGCCUCCGGUCCACUGUGGUGUCCCCCCCCGGAACCUGGCCCCAUCCUCAGUCACUGUGGACAGAGCCACAUGGCUGCAGUGACCGGAGUUCCAUCCCCCUCGGAAGGAGCCUGACCUGGCUCUGGCUUUAAUUUGCUGUGUGACCUUCAGCAAGUCACUCAGCCCCUUUAGGCCUGUGGUGCAAAGUGAGGUCUCAGGCCUCUUCGCCGGGCUCAUGGUAGAGGCCAUCACUGUAGUCAGCUGUGCUCCUAGCAUGUGAGCCGAUGGUCACCUGCUGGAGAGGCUGCUGGGGCCGGGCUGGGGGCGAGGCCCGAGCUGAGUUCUGCUGCUUCGCUGCCUCCUCCAGGGACAGUCCCCCUCCUCUCUGAGCCUGUGUCCGAGGGAGCUUGGGAGCAUGAGGGUCCCCUUGCAGGGCUCUGGGGGUCCAAUGAGAGCAUCAGUGUAAAUGACCAUGUAUCAGCUGUAAAGUGCAGUAUGUACGUUUUCACAUUCAUGUGAGGAAAAUGAGGCUCAGAGGGGGUAGGCGGUCGGUGGCAUGACAGGUGAGGCUCCAGAACUUGGCAGGCUGGCCAGGCCCCACUGUCAAUGCGGUUGCAAGGCCCUGUCCACUCACCCCAUCAGCUCGUCCAUCCUCGGACUCAAAGGACCUGAGGGCUGCCCGCGGCCUUGUGUGGCUGGUACCGAAGAGCCUGAGGCCAUCUUUGCAUCAGGCAGCCUCGUCCAGGCCCAUGUGAGGGACGGGAACCAGGACCGGGCAGUUCCUACCGUCACCUGCCAUUGGCGCCCUUGGGUUGUACACUCAGGGCAAAGACUCUCGGUCCUCCUUGUGCCCGGGGGUGUGAGUGGGUGCUGCCCUGGGCAUUACUGGGAGCCGUGGGCUUUCGAAGGCCCUUCCAUCAGGUCAGACGGGAGCUCCCUGUCACAUGGUGGUGGGUGACUCCUGCACCAGGGGGCCGCCAGCUGGGGUCAGAGGCCCCCCUCUGGUCGUGGAGUUCAAAGAACCACAAGCAGCCGAGGGGGGAGGGGCCAUCUGGGUGGGCUCCAUGUCCGGGAGCCCAUUUGCCAUGUUUGGAUCAGGUCGGCUUUGCCACGACUGAAAAUAAGCAAUAAGGAAGGCCUCCUGGUACCUGCAGACGCUGCACAGCGGCCCGGGGACAGCUUCACAGGGAAGGGACCCUGUCCCCGACUGCGGAGAUGUCCAGGGAGGAGGUGGAGCGGGCCGUGGAGGCCUUCCUGCCCGUCCCUGAACCAACCCGGUGUGGGACGGCUUUCAGGGAUGGAACUGCACCUGUGACAGCCAUCUCCCAACACAAUGUGCUGUUAGAAAAGCCAGCAGCAGAGCAGCGCUGCCUGACCCCACUGGGUCGUUCGCAGUUGCAGGGGAGCUCACAAGCUGGGGGGCUCCGAUGGGCCUCACUAAUGGGGCAGCCAGGGGGAUGCCAGCUCUUCCACUAACGCGUGUGUAGGUGACACUAGGUGACUGUCCGCCCCGGAGCCUCAGCUUUGAGCUCAGGGUGGGAGGGGUGUGCCGACCUGGGUGUCCUUUCAUAAAGGCCCCUUUGCUUUCCAAACCCUCUGCUUCUAGAUCCCACAGGCACGGGGACGCCUGCGCUGUGGCCUGUUCCCACUGUGACGGAGCCCACCCUCAGCCUCCCUGCGGGGGCCAGGCCUAUCCUGGGAUCGCCAUCUGCUGGCCACUCUUCAGGGUGGUGCGUUUUUAUCUAGAAGUGAUUAGCUACACAUCAGUGUUUAAAGAGAAAAAGUGACCUUUUUUUUCUUGAAAACUUGAGAGGAAACAAAAUACUACUGAUUUUUUUUUUUUUUUUUAAAGAAACAGUGCAUGACUGCGGAGCGGUAGAGGUGUAUAUUUUCAUAAUGUGGGAGGCUGGGCUGCUCUCUGGACCUGGCGGAACGUCUGGUUCCCGUCCGCGGGCCGCAGCCGUGCUCUGUGUUCUGUAGGACGUGACCUCCUGGAACGGCCAGCCCUGCCCGGCUCGGUCCAUUUCUACCUUCUAUUGAACCACUUUGAUUUGGGGAGAGAAAAAGACAUAGAACUUUUUGAUAGUGUGGUAAAAACAUUGAACUAUUUUAGUAAAAGGUAACAGAGAAGACUGUGACAGUGUAUACUUUGCGCUAGAUAAAUAAAGGCUCUUCGCAAGCCUC